CUCAGCUAACUCGGCAACUGUAGCGCUGGUAGCAACUUGAGAGGAUCCUCUGUAUGAUUUGGCUGCUGAAUUGUUCUCAGAAAACACUUUUAUGAGUGUUUCUACAGGUCUCCGGACGGUAGCCGCUGCUGAAGCGGAGCCUUGGACUGCAAAGCUGGGGUGUUCAAAUCUUUUGAGUGACUUCUAGUGUUGGCUUCCACCCUGUGACUCACUCAUUACCAGAGGGGCCCCUCAGAGCAAGGCCCCGAAAAAGCUGUAGCUCCAAGUUCGCCCUCCCCUCUGUGCGCCUCCACCUCGUCGGUAAGAGAGAGCUCGCACCAAAACCUCCUCGAGGCUCUCGGCGGGUCGAGAUGUCGUCCAUCUUGCCGUUCACCCCUCCCGUGGUGAAGAGGCUCCUGACGCUGAAGAAGACGUCGACUGGGCCGGGUUUAGCGGGAGGCGGCGAGCAGAACGGGCAAGAGGAGAAGUGGUGCGAGAAAGCUGUGAAAAGCCUGGUGAAGAAGCUGAAGAAGACGGGUCAGCUGGAUGAGCUGGAGAAGGCCAUCACCUCCCAGAACUGCAACACAAAGUGUGUCACCAUCCCGAGCAAUUGCUCUGAAAUAUGGGGACUGAGUACACCAAAUACGAUAGAACAGUGGGACACGUCAGGCCUGUACAGCUACUCCGACCAAACCAGAUCCCUAGACGGCCGCCAGCAGGUCUCGCACAGGAAGGGCCUUCCUCACGUCAUCUACUGCCGCCUGUGGCGGUGGCCGGACCUUCACAGCCACCACCAGCUGCGCGCCAUCGAGGCCUGCGAGUACGCCUUCCACCUCAAGAAGGACGAGGUGUGCAUCAACCCCUACCACUACCAGAGGGUGGAGACCCCAGUGCUGCCUCCCGUUCUUGUGCCAAGACACUCAGAAAUCCUGUCCGAGCUGCCACCUCUGGACGACUACACUCAUUCCAUACCCGAAAACACAAACUUCCCCGCAGGAAUCGAACCUCCGAACAACUAUAUACCAGACACGCCUCCACCGGGUUACAUCAGUGAGGAUGGAGAGGCCAGCGACCAGCAGAUGAAUCAAAGUUCUCCACAAGAACUCUCUCCCAGCACUCUGUCUCCGGUCAGUCACAGCAUGGACCUGCAGCCGGUGACGUACUCGGAGCCGGCCUUCUGGUGCUCCAUAGCGUACUACGAGCUCAACCAGCGCGUGGGCGAGACGUUCCACGCUUCGCAGCCUUCGCUGACGGUGGACGGGUUCACGGACCCGUCCAACUCCGAGCGCUUCUGCCUCGGCCUGCUGUCCAACGUCAACAGGAACGCCACUGUGGAGAUGACUCGGCGGCACAUAGGAAGAGGAGUUAGACUUUACUACAUUGGAGGGGAGGUGUUUGCAGAGUGCUUGAGUGAUAGUGCUAUCUUUGUCCAGAGUCCAAACUGCAACCAGCGGUACGGCUGGCACCCAGCGACAGUGUGUAAAAUUCCUCCAGGUUGCAAUCUAAAAAUCUUCAACAACCAGGAGUUUGCGGCCCUGCUGGCUCAGUCGGUCAACCAGGGCUUUGAGGCCGUCUACCAGCUCACCAGGAUGUGCACCAUCAGGAUGAGCUUCGUCAAAGGCUGGGGAGCCGAGUACAGGCGACAAACCGUCACAAGCACUCCAUGCUGGAUCGAGCUGCACCUGAACGGCCCGCUGCAGUGGCUGGACAAAGUUCUCACCCAGAUGGGCACCCCGAAUGCACGCUGCUCCAGUAUGUCCUAAACCACAAAGGAAACGCCCCAAAUAACCCUGAUACAAAGAUGGCUACACUCCAAACUGGGGGGGGGGGAAUCAUAACAGAAUUUGUUUUUGUAACAUUCUCCGUUGUAUUUGUGGUUCGGUUCCACAUCCCCGUUUUAACUUCACACACACACAGACAGAAGAACAACUACACAUAGUUCAACUCGCAUAAACACACAUGCAGACUUUUUGUUUUUUAUGGAAAACUUAAAAAAAAAUAAAAUAAAAAAAAAGAGAUUGGCACUUUGUUACCCAUCUAUGUCAUGCACCUUGUUAAAUUGCUUUGCCCCAAAUCCUUAAUAUUAGAUCUAUUUGUGGUACAAAUAAAAAAAAAUGUAUAUUGGUUGUUGUCUGGGAAGUAGAGGAAAUACCAAAAAUAUCUGUGAAUAGGUUCUCAGUGUCGAAGAUUGCCUGAAUGCUGAAGUGAUAUAUAUAUCUAUAUAUAUAUUUUUUCGUUGUUCCAUCCCACCACAUCCAUUGUUCUGAACCUAAGUUUACUUUUCUCUGGGAGACUUCUCUGUUGUCAACGGGAGGCGGCUUAUUGAAGAAACGAUGGCCUUGGUGGCCGUUUUUCUCCUGAAGGAAAUACCACAACGUGUUUAUGAAAUUUGAUUCAAUUGCCUCUGCCACAAUGGCGCCCAAUUUAUUUCCUUUUCUUUUUUUAAACUAACAGUGUGUCGUACUAAGACAAUACCUACAAGAUAGACAUAUAGGAAUGUUAGUAAAAUGAAUAUUUCCAUAGCUCUAAAAAGACUGCACAGACUGGCUGUAGUUUUAUUGUAGUUGGUAUUGUUUUUUUGUUUUUUUUUAAUUAUUUUAAUUUUUUUUGGUCUACAUUUGGCACUCUUCGUUCUUUUUAGCUGAUUUGCAUCCGAUCCGGCUGGUUUUCUAGCUUCCAGCCAGGUUUUGCAGGGCAUGCUGGGCAGGAACCAGAAAAUAUAUCAGAAGUUAUCAAAAACAAAAUUUCUUUUUGGACAUUUUUGUGUUUUUUUUUUUUUUUUGGUUGGUGUUUUUUUUCUAUUCAACACUGGGACUGCUUGAGCUCUGGAAGGCGAAACGGUUGAACGCCUCAUCAGGAGAACUUUGAAGGCAUCAGUAAAUUCAUUCUGUCCAUAGCCAAUAUCCCUGUUGUUUUGCUACUUUUUUUUUCUCUUUUUUGUAUUUGUGUGUGUGUGUAUGUACACACACGCAAAAAUAAAAAUAAAUUUUUCCGUCAUUCAUUUUUUAUUUUCAACACCUCAGUAAUUUCUAAAACGAGAGAGAGCGUAGAUCAUUCCUACAUUUUAUCCCAAAAUUCUAAGCGGCAUAUCUUUUGUCUCAGUGGGGGGGGAAAGAGGAAGUAAUCACUGCCCUUACAUCAUAUGUAGCUUAUAUCUAGCCUUUUUUUUGUUUUCCAAAGAAAUCUUUAUAGCUCAAAAACCCAGAUUUGACUGAAAGUUUGAAUCCAGUUCCUUGUAGUUACAGUUUUUUAGAUGUUUAAAAUUUUUUGUUUUACCCUUUUUUUUUGUGAGUUUGUGUAAUUAUUGUCCAAACACAUUUGACCUUUCUAGCUUUUUUUUUGUGCUUUAUCGAGCAAGUUGACUACACUCAAUUGGCUUUUAAAAUGUUACAGCUAAACUGGAUGGGAGUGAAUGUGCCUGCACACUGGGACGUUGUGUGUUGAUGUGCGUCUUGUGUUCGUUCAGUCUUUAAAGGACAUCUUGUACAACGAGACUUACUACCUUAAACUUAUUACUUGGUUGUUGCAAGUUUAAAUAUGUCCCCAGUCCCACCCGUUGAUGUACAUGUGUUUACCAUACGACACUAGAGAUUGUACUUGAAGUGCAACUAGUGAAUUCUGAUUAUUUUUUUCGUCUUUUUUUUUUUUUCGGGGGCGGGGAGGAACUGAACCAUGUGUUUGGGUCCAGUGUUACAUUGUUCUGAUCUUUGGCCUACAACAUGUGAAUGUGAAAAAAAGAGAAAAAAACCCCCAAACAAACAAGAAAAAUACAAUAUAAAAACUGACGUGGGACCAGAUGUGCGUAAGCAUAAAAGUAGUACAUUAUGUGUGUAUUUAACAGUAAUCUUUUUUUGCAAACCAGUCAGUACUGUAGACGUCACAGUUGUUUUACCAAAAGAGGGCGGUAUUGAUAGAGCAGGUUUUUUUUUUUUCUUCUGUUUUUUCUUUUUGUUUCUUGACCAUGAGCUUCUCAGGCGUGUGGCAUAUUAUGCAGACUUCAUAAAACACUAAUAAAGAUUUUUAUUCUCAUGAA